AUGGCAGCCGGGGCCAUUCUGAAAACGACGGGGGCCGUCAUUGCUAUUUCAACAGCCAUUUUUAUCGGCGUAGGGCUGUACUACAUGCUAACUGGCCAAGGCCACAGAUUUGACAUUGGAUGGUUCCUAACUAGCACUUCACCCCAUAUGUGGGCCGGCUUGGGAAUAGGCUUCUCUCUAUCUUUGUCUGUUCUCGGAGCUGGCUGGGGUAUCUUCACAACUGGCUCUUCUAUCCUGGGUGGUGGAGUGAAGGCUCCCAGAAUUCGUACGAAGAACUUGGUCUCGAUCAUUUUCUGUGAGGCGGUAGCUAUUUUCGGUAUUAUCAUGGCCUUCGUCUUCGUCGGAAAGAUGGCUGAAUUCAAACGUGAAGAGCUCGACCUCUCGCAGCCUGACCAAGUGGCUAUUCUUGCACGCAAUCUUGCAGCUGGAUACAUGAUAUUCGGCGGUGGCCUAACUGUUGGCUUCAGCAAUCUUGUAUGCGGCCUAGCCGUAGGUAUUGUUGGGUCUGGUGCCGCUAUUGCUGAUGCUGCAAAUCCCGCUCUCUUUGUAAAAAUUCUUAUCAUAGAAAUUUUUGCAUCUGCCAUUGGUCUUUUUGGAAUGAUCAUUGGCAUUGUACAGACUAACAAGGCAACGAUGGGAAACAAGUGA